AUGUUAGGACCCCCUACGAUUCUCUCCCUUAUUGCAGACUCACAGAAGCAUGUGGUCAAUCAUGCUAACCCGACUAUCCAGACUCGUGCUUCUAUUGCCGCAACCAAAGGUUUUCCUUUUCAUACAUCCUCUCACAAAUCCGCAUGGAUUAUUGACUCGGGUGCUACGGAUCACAUGACAUUUGAUCUUGGCCAAUUUAUUAGUCGCAAAUCAUCCACUUCGUCGGUGGUGUCUACUGCUAAUGGUACCCCUCCCCUGACAUCCUCACGGAAAAGACGAUUGGCUGCACCGGAUAAUGAGACCAAGGUUGGUCAAGUUUUCAUAACCAGUGGAACUCGUUUUGAGGGGGAGAGAGACAAAGUUUGGUUAUGGCAUAAACGUCUUGGGCAUGCCUCAUUCAAUGUUUGGGGACCUGCUAAAAUUGUCACUCCAGUAGGAGCUCGAUGGUUUGUCACGUUUAUGGAUGAUCACACAUGCAUGACUUGGGUUUCCCUUCUCAAAACUAAAGGGGAAGUCAGUUACAGGUUUCAACAGUUCCAUCAAGUGGUGGAGACUCAGUUUCAUGCUAGAAUUCAGGUUAUUCGUUCUGACAAUGGCAAAAAAUUUCUCAACCAUGAUCUUAACCAGUUCUUACAAGAUCAUGACAUCAUACAUCAACGCUCAUGCCCCUACACUCCCCAACAGAAUGCAGUGGCUGAAAGAAAGAACAUACAUUUAUUUGAAGUAGUUCUUGCCUCUCUCUUUGGUGCCAAUAUGCCUCGAUCUUUUUGGGGAGAAGUCGUCGUCUCUACAGCAUACCUCAUUAAUCGGAUUCCCUCUAAUAUCCUAAAUUUCCAAACACCACCUCAAAUACUUCACCACCAUAUCCAAAUACGUCCCAUCCUAAACCUGGAACCUUGA